UGGAGGCUGGUACAUUCAGGGAUGACAAACCAAAUUCCUGUGCCUGGUAGAUGAAGGAAAAAGUUGAUUUCAUUAAUAUAGUCACCAAUCUCUUCUUAAGUAUCCAAGGCAAACAGCCUAGCGCCAUCCGCUCUAACAGAGCCUCCCUAAAUGACCGCACCCAGAGCAAAAAGGAAACCGAGUCUCGCCUGCCCCGAAAAAACUUGUAUCUCGACCAUCGGAGACUUGUAGAGCUUUUCUUGGCCAAUACUUUGCACAGGAAGAAGGUGAAGACGUCCCGUCCAAAGCCCAAUACGAGUUAGGAACAGGGCUGAGGCUCCCACGCAGACCUCGGCCCCACCCCACGCAUCCUUUCCAGCUCUCCCUCACAGGAAGUGACGGGCGGAGCUCUCCUUCGCGUCCGCUAAGGGGACUCACGCUGGGGAGGAAUCAGCCGCGCAAGGGUGGGGGGACGGCGCACCGGAAACUUCCUCCCGCCGGGAUCCGGAAAAACAGAUGCGGCGGGCGGCGGGCGGGGAUAGGGAGCGGCUGCGUCCAAGCUUCCGGAAGUUGAAGGCUUGUUUCCGAGGGGAAGACAUUCCGAGACGGACUGGGAAGGCGGCGGCUGUUCCAGACCCUGCUCACCAAUUCCCCCACACCUCCCCACUAAUUCCUGGUGAUCACAGAGGAGGCUUCCAUGAGGGGAUUAUAGCUUGCACCGAAAGAAUUCCGCUCUGGUGUCCCAAACAGGACUUCAACCAAGGGGGUUGGCAGAUAAAUGUCUUGGAACCCGCCAACGAGGAUACCUCGAGUGUCUGCUCCCUAGCAGCAGAGCACGCCCUCAACAGUUAUCCUGGUUGCCAUUCAGAAGCUGACGGAAGAAGCCAGGCUGAAGCAUCCCAGGACACUCAAGGCUUUUCUAGUAGCAGGUAAGAAGCCAUGGGUGGAAGGACAGUACUCUAAGUUUGGUGAGGGUCCCCAUGCCCUCCUCUAUGUCUCAAGCCUAGCCAUUUUUUGUGAUUGGCUCUCAUGCCACCUCAGCAGCCUAAAACUUUGCAAUCAAGGGCGAAGAACCCUUUGCUGAAACCUGUUCUUGGAAACAGGAUUCUUGCAAGUAUGGUCCCUGGGAGAGAGACCAAAGGGUGGGGAACAUGUGCUCUGGCUGCUGCUGUUGAAACAGGGCUCAGUUGGCACCCCCAUAGUAGAGGCCUCUCCACAUCCAGGCCUCACCUUUUCUUGACCUACCUAUAACUUAACAAUAGAUCAUCCCCCUGCAGCUUGAGCUCAGAAUGUCCCCUGUCCCACCCAGUUCCCUGUUUUAGAAAACUACCCUGAACCUUAUGAUUAAUACCCUUAGGCUUAUUGAUCACAAUCUCAACUGCCUGACCAGGCUGAUCCCAUCAUUAUUCCACAGCCUCUGGGGGAACACACAGAUUUUCCCUUAAAAACCCCAAGCUGGU